ACGGUCUCGACUAUGGAUACCAGCCUUUAUGUCAAUGGUUAACAGUGAAACAUAACCUAUAAUUGAAACUUAACCUUUCUCACUAAAUUGCGUGCAUUCUGGGAUUCUGGUGUGUCCAUGUGUAUAACGCACGUGUGAAAAAUGGCUAAAUCUUUGCGCAGUAAAUGGAAAAGGAAAUGCAGAGCGAUCAAGAGAGAACGUUAUGCGGUAAAAGAAUUAGAUAGAUUAAAGAAAACUCUUGGUAUUGAUGAUAAUGCGUCCAAAGAUAUCGAGAUGACUGAAAUCACGGAAAUUGCUACAGUUGUCAAUGCUGAAAAAGUAAAAGAAGAUAUGAAGGCUAAGCGAAUUGAAACUUCAGAGUCUAAGAUCGAGACAAAUGAAUCAAUGGAAGUAGAUGGUGUUAGAAUAUAUAAUAAAAAAACAUUGCGAGAUCAAUAUGGUAAUUAUCCUGUAUGGAUGAACCAUAGGAAGAUAGUCAAACACAAGAAAGGCAGAGCAAAGAUGCAGAAAGCAAGCAAGAAGACAGGCAAGAGACUUACCAGACGACAGAAGAGAGCAAUUAAGGAAGGAAAAUCAAAUUCUUCAUAAUUUGUCAAAUUAAUUUUUAAAUAGUAUGACUAUUACUUUUUCUUUUUAUGAAAAUAAAAAUUAAUGAAAGAAAGAA